CGUUCACUUUCUGUUGACACGUAGCAGUGAAGCUGGAAGUGUAGCUUGGUACUGUAAAGAGGAACGGUCUUGACGGGCUCUGAAAUGUCAGGCUUUGACAACUUCAACACAGAUUUCUACCAGACCAGCUACAGCAUAGAUGACCAAGGGCAAGCUGCGUAUGGCUACAGUAAUUCUGAAGAUCCCUACAACAAGCCCUACAGUCAGUAUGACUACUCCCAGCAGGGGGGCUACCCCACCCCAGGGAUGAUUCCUCCCCAGCAGCCUUACACGGGGCAGAUUUUGCAGCCCACGCCAUCCUUCCCCCCCGCCUCCACCCAGCCUGUCUACGGCAGCGGCUUCGAUGACGAGCCACCUCUGCUGGAGGAGUUGGGGAUCAACUUUGACCACAUCUGGCAGAAGACCCUGACGGUGCUGCACCCUCUGAAGGCGUCGGACGGGAGCAUCAUGACGGAGACAGACCUGGCCGGGCCCAUGGUGUUCUGCCUGGCCUUCGGAGCCACGCUGCUGCUGGCGGGUAAGAUCCAGUUUGGCUACGUGUACGGUAUCAGUGUGAUGGGCUGUCUGGGCAUGUACUGCCUGCUGAACCUCAUGAGCAUGACGGGCGUGUCCUUUGGCUGCGUGGCCAGCGUGCUGGGCUACUGCCUGCUACCCAUGAUCCUCCUCUCCAGCUUCGGUGUGCUCUUCUCCCUGCAAGGCCUGAUGGGAAUAGUGCUCACAGCCGCCAUCAUCGGGUGGUGCAGCCUCUCCGCGUCGAAGAUCUUCAUCUCCGCCCUGGCCAUGGACGGGCAGCAGCUGCUGGUGGCCUACCCCUGUGCCCUGCUGUACGGUGUGUUCGCCCUGAUCUCCGUCUUCUGAGCGGAGCAACCCCCCCCCCCCCCCCCCCCCCCGCAGACACGGCUACGCUGCAGGACAGAGAGAGCAGCCGUGCCCCCGCGCCCCCACCCCAAAACUGUCCUGCACAUUCCAAACUCUGACCCCCACCACGGUCAGCACCAGUGACACAAAACUCUCUCUCAGAGCCCAGCACAAGGCCGUCUUAGCUUGUAUGUAUGGAACUGUACAUUACUGUAAAAUUAUUUUCUUUAGGAGUGAUGUGGCCUUCAGUAAUGGUUUCCACCUGUGUUGUGCAAAACUAAAGAACAUCACGGUGUGGUAUUCAAUCUCACCACCAUAGUUUAUGCUUUUAGACGUUAAUGACAUUUCUUUCACUUUGGUACAGUAACUUCCCAGCUCAUAACGAUAUCAGAAUCUAAAAAACUCAGCACAGGCAUAAGACCCUCACUAAAAUGCUAAAUAAGAGAACUAAUUGGUGGUUAGAUUGAAUCACCCACUUAGUUCGUUUUAAGAAUUUGUUAACAUUGCAGAAAAAAAAAAAAAGGCAAGUUUUAUUAUAUUUACUGUUAAAGCAAAUAUUUAUGUUGAUAGCCGUUUCACUCAUUUGGGGUUAAGCAUGACUUUGAAACGAGCUAAGUUUUUUUUUUUUUUUUUUUUUUUUCUGUUUUUUCUUCUCUUUUUUUUCUUUCAAUCUUCACACAAGCAUCGAAACGAACCGAAAUGUACGUUUCUACUCUUUCCAGACCUUUCUUUCAGUGUUUAAUUCCAGCGUUUCACAUUUGCAUUCCUUUUAUAGUGUCCCUCCUUUCCCUGGAGUUUACUUGGCAGUGCGUGCUUGCGUGUCUGUGUAUGCUUGUGUCCGUGUGUGUGUGUGUUUGUGUGUAUGCGCGCGUGCGUGUGUGUUAGUUGACUCGGUGGACAGGAACGAACUGCUCCCACAGUUGUACUGUGGCACCUCACUUUGAGUUUGUAUUAAAGCAGACAUUUUGUGAAGAUUUUCUGUUGUUUUUAGCUUGGAUUUUGUCUCACUGCUACCUGGCCCUUGCACCAUAUGGGUCCUGUUUUUUCUUCAUUCCUACCGAAGGCCGGGUACCGGGUCAGUGUAGAGGUGUCUUCACGUCUGCCUGAUUAAAACCUGCCUGUCCUCGUCACGUUUAGUUUUUGCUCCCAUGGAACAUUGUCUAGCGUUCAAGCAUUUAUCCUCCACUAUUCCAUGAUCCCUUUCUCCACGCUAACAAGGUCCCGGAGGAAGGGUCUGUGUUUGUGUCGUGAGAAUGGGCUCUGUUCGGGGGGCGGAGUUUCCACUGAAAGUGCCAGAGUGCUCAUGAGACUCCAUUAGGGGAAAAAAUAAAAUCGAAUAAUUAACGGCGCGACAAACCGGGUUACGUGGGAAGCUCAGAGCCGGCAGCGUCCUGAAGCUCUUGGACAGGCCUGACGCACGCAGUCUGUGUUGUGGAAACGCCGCUCGUGGGGCUGAUGUUAUCGAUGUAACGCCCUGUGGAGAUUGUCCAGGUCUCCCUGAUCAUUCCUAACGAAAGGAGCCCGGGUCAACAAGAGGAGAACCAGCUCUGCUCAGCCUCGAAACCUUUUCAGAGACUUGUAAUGUGUGUUCUGGACUUUUAUAGAAAUAAAAAGCCAAUGCCAACA